GGAACCAAAGCUGAUGUACAAAUAUGCCACGAAAAAAUCUGUAACUAUCAAUCCGAGAUGUUAACAAUUGGCAAUAGUCUGAAGGACUUAAUUGACAUUGAGUUGUGUUUCUUCGAUUUCAAACACAGAUGUAUGAAACAGAAGAGAAAAUAAACAAAUAUCUUUUAAGCAUACAGAUAUAUGAACGCAAAUAUGAACAGUCAGCUGCCAAACCAAUGGAAUUUCUCUUGUCAAUAAAAACAAAAAGCUUUCCUCAGGUAAAGGACAGCCUUGAUCUUAAACACCACACCAAACUGUUCUUAAUCAGCGAGACUCUUGACUACGAGGAUUUUAUAGAGUCACUGAGUAAAAUCCUAAUCACCGAGAGAGGACAACGACGCAUAGAAAAUGAACGUCUGCUGAAACUGAUGCCUACAGCAGAGUCACAUCAGUCUGUCAAAGUGACAGGUAUUACUGGUUGUCGUCACAUUUCUUGUAUGACAUCAGACAAGGUAUGGGUCAGUGAUGCUGAAAACAAUCUCGUCUUGAUAAACACAGCAGGUGACAUUCUGCAUCAUGUAAGGGAUUUAUAUAAUGACUUUUUUAGUGGUGGAUUACACACUGUGAACAAUGAUAAUGAAUUAAUUUAUAUAAGCAUGGAGUAUAAAAUCAUGAAACUUUCAAAGGAUAUGAAAAUAACUUUCACAUAUCUAGAGGCAACCGACACUCCAUGGAUACCACAGUGUGUUUACUGGUCGCGUUCUACUAGGGAUCUGCUUGUUGGGAUAUGGAGAAUGGAUUCAAUUCCAGCCAAGGUAAUUCGGUACAACCAGACUGGGCAACUGACAGAAACGUUAGAACAAGACAAUACAGGACGGGAACUGUAUAGCUAUCCUGGCUAUAUAACAGAAAACAUAAAUGGAGAUGUCAUCGUGUCUGAUUAUAAAACGCUGGGGUUAGGUUCUGUUGUAGUGACUAGUCGUGAAGGAAUAUACCGUUUCUCCUACGAAGGACAUCCAUCAGGAUCAGGACUGAUGCCAUGGGCAAUCUGUGCUGACGCUUUGUCACACAUCUUGGUGUGUGAUGAAAACACACACACACAGUGCAUUUGAUAGAUAGGGAUGGACGAUUCUUAUCAUAUCUUUUGAUAAGACCACAAGGGGUUUUCACACCACGCAGCCUUGGCUUUGAUGUCACAACUCAACGUCUCUGGGUCGGAUCAGACAUCAGACAGACAGCGUGUGUCUACAGGUAUAUAACCCGAAAGAUCACACAAAUCGAUCAACCCAAAGCCGAAACUAUUGUGAUGGAUCCAGAAAGUGAAAUCCAAAUCACAGAGACAGAAACACAGCCGGUAAGAAAUGAGUGUCUUUUAAAAAUUGUAUCUCCCCCUGAGUUACAACAAUCAUUCACUGUGACUGGUGUUAAUAACUGUCAUCAAAUUUCCUGUGUGACACCAGACCGUGUCUGGGUCAGUGAUGAACACAAUCUCAUUUUGGCAAACACAAGAGGUGAUAUUUUACAAUUUCCUAAGGAUUUGAUAAGUGGAGAAAGUCGAGGUCAUGGAGUACAUACAGUGAACAGUGAAAGUGAAUUAUUUCUUAUUGCCAAGGACAGUACUAUCAAGAAAAUUUCACUAGAUAACAAAACACCCACAUUAAUUAAAAGAAUAGACUCUAACUGGAGUCCAACGUGUUUAUAUUGGUCCCCGCACACAAGGGAUCUACUAAUUGGGUUUUAUAGUAAUAAUCCAUCGAUAAGAACGGGCAAGGUAACCCAGUUAACCAGAACGGAAAACCGACAAAAACAAUACAAUACGACAACACAGGUCAGGAACUGUAUAGUAACCCCAAAUAUAUAACGGGGAACAAUAAUGGGGAUGUCGUUGUGGCUGACUCAUAUAAUGCUGUAGUUGUGACAGACUACGAGGGAAGAUAUCGUUUCUCCUAUACAGGAUGUCCAUCAGGAUCAGGACUAGAGGCAUGGGGAGUUUGCACUGACGCGCUGUCACACAUCCUGGUGUGUGAUGUUAAAACCCACACAGUGCAGAUGUUAGACUGUAAUGGUCAAUUCCUAUCACAUUUACUGACAAAAUCAAAAGAGAUUGGAAUACCACAUAGCCUGGGUUAUGAUAUCAACACUCACUGUCUGUGGGUUGGAUCAUCAGACAAAAAGGUGUUUGCUUACAAGAUAAUUAAUCUACAAAACAAUCUGCAAGGUAAGUCUGAUCUGGUGGCAGUUAGUAGAACCCAUGAGUUUAAAAGUAGCUAUUAAAUUUUAUAUACAGUACCGAUCAAACCCAACCUAAAAUUAGAGCAAACCCCAACUAAACCCCGGGUUUACUUUCGGUCUACUCUGCAUUCACAUUGGGUUUACUCGGAGUUAACUCUGGGUUUGCUCUAACAAACCCGGAGUAAACCGAGAGCAGAUCCCAAAAGUAAACCCAGAGUUUAGUUGGGGUCUACUUUCUGGUAGAUUAGGUCUGAUCGGUACUGUAUGUAUGUAGUAUUGUAAAUAACAGCAUUUAUGUAAAUUGUGAUAUAUUUAUGCCAGUACCAAAAUAUAAUAGUCUAGUAAAAAAAAAUUGGUAAUUCUAUUUCUUUAGUAUUUUUUAGUAUUUAGCUGAUCGUCUUCAAUUGUCUACAUCAGCCAAUCAGAGUGCG